CGAAUGAGGAUUUUGAUUCAUUCGAUUUUAUUUAGUAUUGAUUUCUGAACGCUGCGGCUGUUGAUUGUUUGAUUUUUUAAUGAAGUUAUUAAUAUUUUAUAAUGAGAGUAAACAUCAGGACUGUCCGUUUUUAGUAUCAGUUCAUUCGAGUCGCUUGAACCGGUUGUACUUGGCAGAAGCGCGUAAUUAAAUGUAGUUCGUGAGACGGAGUGAAGCUCUGAGCUUUUACAUUUCCUCCACUUACAAACUGUAAACAAAACAAAACAACAACGUUCCUACUGUUCAGUGGAACUAUGAUGUGGUUUAAGGACUGAGACGCUGAAGUGUGUGAAAAGAGAGGAUAUGGCCACCGGGAUCGGCUACACUCCUGUGUCCAUCACCGUGAGUCUGCUGGUGGUGACCUCCACCCUGUUCUUCACCUUCACGUGUCCUUGGCUCGCCAAGAACGUGUCUCUUGCGUUCACUCCGUGUGUCGGCAUCACAUUUCUUUUUGCCUUGGCGAACUUCACCAUGGCAACGUUCAUGGAUGCCGGUGUGCUGCCGAGGGCUAAUGAGGACGAAGAUAAAGAUGAUGACAUCCGUGCUCCACUUUAUAGGGAUGUGGAGGUUCGAGGAAUCCAGUUUCAGAUGAAGUGGUGUGCCUCCUGCAACUUUUAUAGACCCCCACGGUGCUCGCACUGUAGUGUGUGUGACCAUUGUGUGGAGAACUUUGACCAUCAUUGCCCCUGGGUGAACAACUGCAUUGGGAGAAGGAACUACCGUUUUUUCUUUCUCUUCCUGCUUGCUCUCAGCAUGCACAUGGUAGCCAUUUUCUCUGGGGGUCUCCUGUAUGUUCUGGCCCACCUUGAAGCCCUGUGGGAGCUGCAUGCAACCGUCACUCUGUCCAUCAUGAGCAUGUCAGCCCUUUUCUUAAUCCCUGUUAUGGGAUUGGCAUGCUUCCAUAUAGUCCUGGUGGCAACUGGACAAACCACAAAUGAACAGAUCACUAGAAAAUUCAAAGGAGGAGCAAAUCCCUUUACACGUGGUUGCUGUGGCAAUGCGAAGUUUCUUCUGUUUGGUCCUAUUUCUCCAAGGUACAUUUGGAAGUUGGGAAACAAGCAGACUGUCCAUAUACAACCACCAUUUCAAACAUUGGAAUCUCUCAAAAUGUCACCCAUAAAAGUCGAUGACAAUGAGAUCCAAACUGAAAUGACUUCUAUAAAGCGACAGUCUUCUGGAGAGCUGAACACACUGCUCCCUAUGCCACCAAAACAUGAACCAGUUCUGCUAAAGGGACACCUGGCCAUGUUGCAAGAGAAUUUUCUGCAGACCUCUGUGCCAACUGUCCAGCCGACUACUGGUCAAAAUCUAGAAUCGUCCUCCAGAGUGCAUUUUCAAGUUCCCAGAGAGCAGAUGGACCACCAGCUACACAUGUCUGGUUUUGUCCAGGAAUCUGAAAUGGGGCAAACAGAGAAGCAGACUCCCAUCUCUACCCACCUGUCUUUGCAUUCCAGCACACUUCCUAUAAACAGACUCAUUUUGAACUCCCACUCACUUACUUUGAAACACAGCCACUGUGGAGGAUUUCAAACCCAUCAGUGUACUGAUUCUGUGACUUCCACUUCCUCAACUCAGGGCAUCCUCAGCCUCUCCUAUGACAGCCUUGUCAGUCCAGCACAACGUGGGACUUUUAAAAUGAACUACCUGCCUCCUUUUCAUCCCUUAGAUUUAGGUGUGGCCAUCAAAUGCCCAGCAGAUGCUCAGCAUGCAUCCUACCAUACCUGUAGCCCUCAUAUCACUGGCACCAGCAGCCACUCUCCUGUGUUCUAUGACAGCCUUUCCAAACCUGCCAUGAGGUCUAUACAGGAACGCCAUGAACUGGAGGAGCGGGAAAAGCAGCCAUCUUUGCUUUCUACUCAGGAUAUGCCUGUCUACGACACACCUAGUGGGCGCAGACUGCCAUCCAGAAGGCCCACUCCACCUGCCUAUGGCUCUCAAGAGUUCCUCAUGAGCAGUGCAGCAUACGGCUACACUUCCUCGCUUCGAUGGGCAUCCAGGACUUCAAGCUCGUUCACGCAUGCCAAUAUAGCCCCCCAGAGUCGCUCACUCUCACCCUCGGCCUAUAGUUCUCUGGGGCGCCAUGUUCAGCACUCAGCCUCAUCUAUCCCCUGCCCAAUGCCCAGCUCCUCCUACACAGCACAGAAAACUCUGGCUUUAAUUGCUGCUUCAGAGAGAAAAGACUCAGGUCCAUACUAUCCACAGAGUCCCUGAUUCUCCCAGACUGUGUAUUGUACAUAUGUGUGAUGUAGAAAAUCCUAUUUAUGAUAGUUUAAUUUUGCAUGUUCAUUUUGUGAAAUCCAUAUAUGUUACAAAUUUAUGAUUAAAAGCAGUUAAAAGCUAUUGGUGCUUUCCAUUAGCGCUAAUAUCUUCCAAGCAUCAUUGAUACCACUUACCAAUUGAUCUCUUCUGAAAGAAGAACAGUCUAAUGCUAUGUAAUUCAUUUUAGUAUUUAAAUGUGCACAGUGUAAUUUGAUUUUUUUUCUGUUUGUUUCUUUGUUUGUUUGUUGCAAAUUCACAGUUCAUGAAUGUUAAGUUAGAACUUGUUUUGGCAAAAUUCUUAUUACAUUCUAUUGUAGCUGUCAAAUAAAAUAUCUACUCAGAGAAUAAAUUGUGGUAUCUGUAGCAUUUCAGGCUUUUCAAACUGAAGAUGAAAAAUGUGAUGUGGAAUUGCAAAAUCCAGGACAAAAAGGCAUCUCUCUUAAUUGCCUGUAAAUUAUGUUGCCUGCCAAUUUAGAAACCUCUCACAAGGCAACAUACUUGCAUGUGAUUUUGAAGAGAACUGAAAAGAUUAUGUUUAAAUUUUGGAUGCCAAAAGUGCUAGCUUCAUUAACAACAUCUGUAGAAUUUCUAACUAUAUUUAUACAUACAGUGUAAGUCAGAAGUUCUUCAUAUUAUUUCUAGUAACACGCUACUUUCUUUUUACCAUUUUUUAAUUAAAAACAAUGCACAAAGUUUAACAUUUAAAACCACCAUCCUGCUUUCAUCCUGCUUAUCCUGUGCAUGAAAUUAUAAUAAAAAAUAUUUUUUCCCAAAUGUUUUGAAAUUAUACAUAAUUCAUUAGCCUUUGCAUGGUUAAAGCCCCCUCUUCUGUUUAUGGGAAGAUGUAAAUGUAAGUAAGGCUUGUUCAUCCUUCAAUAAGGGCUGCCCGCUGUGGAAAGAUAGUAUUGCAAAGUAGACGUUAGCUCAUUUUUACAUGUUGUUUA